UCCUCCCCUUCUGCACCCACCAGCUGGAAGGCUGAUCUACUGGUCGCUUUGCUUUCUGCCUUGGCUCUGUUACUGAAAACUGAAUUGUGUUUGCCUCGUCCUCUUCCUCCUCUGCUUGGAACUUGUCUCAGAAUUGGGUUGGAUUAGUUCUACUGCCUUGCCUUCUUUUUUUCAACUAGUCACACACUCUUAGCCACAAGGGAAAACAAGGGUAAACUUCCCUUGCCAAGAAGACCUGUGAGAGGUUCGUCCUGGAUCACUACUACAGGAGGAGCUAAAUUUAUCUUGUCAGAGGCCAUCAGCAUCAGGCUUGCCGCAGGAUGGGAACCAAAAAUACUAAACCCAGACCAGAGUCAUCAGCCAUCCCUGCAAAGACAUCUUCAGGAGGUAUUAUCCAGAACUUGAAGGAAGAUAUCAUGUGUUCCAUCUGCUUGGAAACCUUUGAAGACCCUGUUACCAUUGACUGUGGACACAAUUUCUGCAGAGGAUGUUUGUCUGCUCACUGGAGUGGAUACUCUUACCACGGAUACCUUUGUCCUGAAUGCCGUCAUCCCUGCAGCCCUGAGAGAAUGAAAUCUGACAUACGGCUGAGGAGCUUGGUGGAAAAAAUUGGACAGAUGCCUCUGCUAAAGUUGGUAGACAAAGAAUCAGGGAGAGCAGAUGUGGAGGAGGUUCCAACAACUCCAUUGCAGUUGAAGCAACCAGUGCAGCUUGUGGGUUUGGAUGAGAAUGGAGACAUUUGCCUGGAUGGAGAGGCCUUGAGCCAUUGCUUGGAGCAGGAGCAGGUGAAAGAUGCUCAUGUUUGCCUGGUUUCCAUCCUGGGAGAGCAACGCCGUGGCAAAUCGUUCCUGCUGAAUUUUCUCCUCAGGCGCUUCCAAAAUCUGGUGGCUGAAGAUGAUUCAUGGAUGGGCCAAGAAAAUGAUCCACUGACUGGAUUUGAUUGGCGCCCAGGAGCUGUCAGCACAACUAAAGGGGUCUGGAUAUGGAAUCAGCCAUUUUGGGUGCCUACCGAACAUGGAAAGUCCUCAAUUCCCUCCAAGGUAGCUGUAUUCUUGAUAGACACUGAGGGUUCCAUGGACUUGGAGAGAAGCAAGGAAGCUGGUGUCAAGCUCUCUGCUUUCUCCAUGCUGCUCAGCUCAUACCAGAUAUUGAAUUUGGUCACCACGAUGAAGGAUACCGACCUGGAAUACCUGGACAUGUUCGUGUAUGUAGCCGAGAAAGUGGGACGUAUUUUCAAGUUAAACCCCACUCAGCAACUGGAUGUCCUGGUGCGUGAUUGGUUCUUUCCACCCCAAUAUGGACUGCAAGAAGGCCAUAAAUACCUUCAAGAGGUCAUAGAGAAGCUGAAAUGUCAGCCAGGCAAGCACCCACAUGCCUUGGGGGCCCUCAUGAAUGUCAGCACACGCUGUUACCUGAUGCCUUUCCCAGGCAAAAAAUUGGUGAAAGGAACUGGGGGCACUCUUGCAGACAUGGAUGAUGAUUUUAGGGAAUGCCUAAAGGAUUAUGGAAAUGGAAUCGCCAGAUCAUCAGGAAUGCAUGUCAAGAGAAAUGAAGAAGGGACAGCCCUCACAGGUGCAGAGCUUGCAUCCAAGAUCAAGAAGUUUGCAUCUGUCAUGAAGCAACACCAGUUUGGCUUCACCUCAGCCACACAGAUGGCCAUCAUUAUACACAAUCUAGUCACCCUGGAGGACUUGCGAGAGGAAUUUGCAGAGUUCAUCAGAAAGCAGGAUCAGAACACAGCCACCAUGAUUAAAGCCCUACGUGUGACUCCAAAAUCAAUGGUUCAGCGUCUUCGAAGUGAGCAACAGCAGCUGGUCCAACGGUGUGAAAUGUCGCUGCAGGGAGAUGAACCUGGUCGGACAGAUUCCAUAUUGCAGUUUGAAUCCCACUUGCAGGCUGAUGCUAAAGUUUUCCAGGAACACUACAGCCGUCGUUACAAAUCCUAUGCCCUUAAAGCUGGUUUGGCCUUUGGAGUGGGUGUUAUUGGAUUUGCUGGUGGGGCCAUUGGGGCUGGUGUGGCAGGAGCCUUCUUGGCUGCAGAAGCCAUUGUAUUGGGCACUGGUACAGCCACAACAGUUGCCAUUGGGACCGCAGCUGGGGCAGGCACCUUAGGCCUUAUUGGAGGAGGUGUGGGAGCAGGUGUAGGCAACAGUAUAGGGAAGCGUAGGGUCCAGGAAGCUGAGCAUGUGGGUGAAAGUGAUGCCGAAGUUGAAGAACCAGAAGAUAACCUGUCAGAUGAGACAUGUCUUAUUGACCAACAGGACACACGUUAGAAUUGACAAAGGUAGUUGUGUGGCUUAGAUUUCCUCUAAAGACAGUUGGCAGGUGGUUCUGAUGUCAAUGGGUGAUGAACUAGGCCUGAUAUACCAUCUUCUGACCCUUGAACUAUUAAUCUCCCCUUUCCCCAGAUGGUUGGGUAUGGGAUAGAAAUAUGACAUGCAUUCCAGAAUUCAUUAGAAAUGUGAAUUCAUCAAUGAUAAGUGAAGGCAUAUCAAGGUGGUCUUCUGAUGCUAAAGCUAUAUGUUACCUCUAAAGUUAAGUACUAAGGGAAUCUCUCUUCCUUUUGUGCAACUUUCAGUGUCCUUUUCCAGGACCAGAUAACCUGGAAUGCCACCAGUCUUUUCUCAGGUCCCAAGUCUUUCUUGCCCACAUUUCCCACCCUGAAUGGUAAGCAAAGUGUAAGGUUGGAUCCAGGAGCUUUCCUGCUUUGCCUGCUUAUAGUAUUGAUUGGAAGUAAGGAAAGGCCUGAUAUCAUUUUUUUCAUUCCGAAAUAGACAGUCGUAGACCUGCCUAAGACAAUGCUUUAUGAACUCCACAACCCGCUCAAGGCAAAUAAGAAUCCUGGACUACUUGACAUCUUACUUCAUCUCCUGCCAAAAAGGGUAGAAAUAAGGAAGCUUUUCUUUUUCUCAGGGAAUUCAGCUGCACAUCUCUCCUUUUUAAACGCAGCUCAAUAUGUUACCCCCAGCCAUUAUAUUAAUUGAUUCCAGACACUUGUUGAUUUAGUCCUUCAAGUGUACAGUGUAGGACAAAUGAGGGAUGCAGUUCCAAAUUCUCUUGGGUGACAGCAAAGAUUGCUGAAAACUUGGCAUUGUCUCAUGGGAAUAAAGCCUUUUCUCACAAACUCAGAGAAGCUUUUCUUAGUAGCCUCAUUUGAUGAACCAGAUACAUAGCAGGAUGCAACGUAUUCUAGGAUAAUACAGGCAGUCCCCAUGUUAUGAGCAAAAUAGGUUCUGUUGAAUUUGUAUGUAAGUUGGAACAGGUCCAUUUUUAAGUGUAAUUCACAUACACACGCGUGCACACACACACACACACACAUAAGCUUUAGAUAGCACAGGGAAGAUUUAACAUCCCUGUGAUGUUUAUGUUGCUAUCUGUGCCCCUGUUCAGAAGAGUUCCCUCACUUUCUGUCUCUGUGAAAAUUGGAUUUUGAAAGAUUUGGCUUGUUGUGAAAACAAAGAUUGGAAAUAAAGCUUCCCAUGAUAACA